AAAGUUUGACCCUUUCUUUCUUUAUAUACUGUCAUGUCAGAUAAUAUAAUACUUCCUUCUAUAGGCUCAUUAGCAUUAUCCAGUCUGCAAGACUCUGGGUUUGGCUACAACCCUGCAGUGGGGGCCAAUUCUAACGCUAUAUCAGAAGAAACUUCAGCAUUACUUUUAAGUAAAAAGACAAUUAAUGUUAGCAUACUAUCAUCAAGUACCAUAUAUGAACGAAAUAUUAGUAAGAAAGGAACUGAAAUAAAUUUAUCUUCAUUAUCAUUUUUAUUCUGUGAAAUAGUUAGCUGGGCUCAAAGUAAAUCUAAAGGUAUCCAAGAUUUGGAAGCAAGAUUGAAUGGAUUAGGUUAUCAAAUAGGUCAAAAAUAUUUAGAAUUAACUAAAUUAAGAGAAGGUUUAAAAUAUGGGAAAAGAGAAACUAAAAUUAUUGAUAUAUUACAAUUUAUACAUGGACCAAUAUGGAAAACAAUCUUUGGUAAAAUUGCUAAUGAAUUGGAAAAAUCUCAAGAUCUUGAAAAUGAAUAUAUGAUCAUUGAUAAUAUUCCACUUGUUUCAAAAUUUAUAAGCGUACCUAAGGAUUAUGGGAAUCUUAACGUGUCUGCAUUUGUGGCUGGAAUCAUAGAAGGGGCAUUAGACUCAGCAUAUUUCCCUGCUGAAGUAUCUGCACAUUCAGUCCCUAAAGAGGGAUUCCCUCUUAGAACAGUUUUUCUUAUAAAAUUCGAUCAAAGUGUAUUAGAUAGAGAUGAAAUUAGAAGAUAA